CCCACUGUUUGUAACGUGGAAGAUUGGUCGAGAUAAACGAUUGCGAGGAUGCAUAGGUACUUUUUCCGCCAUGAACCUGCAUUCAGGACUCAGGGAGUACACACUUACUAGUGCCCUUAAAGAUAGUCGUUUCCCCCCAAUGACGAGGGAUGAGCUGCCACGGCUUUUCUGCUCAGUGUCUCUACUCACUAACUUUGAAGAUGUGUGUGACUACAUGGAUUGGGAGGUGGGUGUACAUGGCAUUAGAAUAGAAUUCAUCAACGAAAAAGGAUCAAAGCGCACGGCCACCUACUUACCGGAGGUUGCAAAGGAGCAAGGAUGGGACCACAUUCAAACCAUAGAUUCCUUAUUGAGGAAAGGAGGCUACAAAGCUCCGAUUACUAAUGAAUUCAGGAAAACAAUAAAGCUAACCAGGUACCGCAGUGAGAAGAUGACGAUGAGCUACACAGAGUACCUUGCCCAUCGUCAGCAUCAUCACUUCCAAAAUGGCAUUGGGCACCCCCUUCCACCAUACAACCAUUAUUCCUGA